AGCCAGGAGUUUCUGCCACCAAGCACAGCCUUCCCACUGGGAGCUCACGCUGGCCAGCAGGAAGAACCCAGGAAGGAACCCAGGGAUCUCUGAUUGAGAUCUUCCAAAGAGAAUAGAGGUAACUUUGGCAUUCGUGCCCCCAGAACCACUCUGCAGAAAUGCCUCCUCAGCUGAAAAAUGGCCUGAACUUCUCAGCCAAAGUUGUCCAGGGCACCCUUGACAGCCUGCCCCAGGCAGUGAGGGAGUUUUUGGAGAGCAGCGCCCAGGUGUGUCAGCCUGAGUACAUCCACAUCUGUGAUGGCUCCGAGGGGGAGAACACACGGCUUCUGGAGCACAUGGAGGAGCAGGGUGUCAUCAGGAGGCUGAGGAAGCACGACAACUGCUGGUUGGCUCUCACUGACCCCAGGGAUGUGGCCAGGAUUGAAAGCAAGACAGUUAUCAUUACCCAAGAGCAAAGAGACACCGUGCCCAUCCCCAAGACUGGCGCCAGUCAGCUGGGCCGCUGGAUGUCAGAGGAGGACUUUGAGAAAGCGUUCAAUGCCAGAUUCCCAGGGUGCAUGAAAGGUCGCACCAUGUACGUCAUCCCGUACAGCAUGGGGCCGCUGGGCUCUCCACUAUCAAAGAUCGGCAUCGAGCUGACGGAUUCUCCCUACGUGGUGGCUAGCAUGCGGAUCAUGACGCGGAUGGGCACACCUGUCCUGGAAGCGCUGGGAGAUGGGGAAUUCAUCAAGUGCCUCCAUUCUGUGGGGUGCCCCUUGCCUUUAAAAAAACCUCUGGUGAACAACUGGGCCUGUAACCCAGAGCUGACGCUCAUUGCCCACCUGCCGGACCGCAGAGAGAUCAUCUCCUUUGGAAGUGGAUAUGGCGGGAACUCCCUACUCGGGAAGAAGUGCUUUGCUCUCAGGAUGGCCAGCCGCCUGGCCAAGGAGGAAGGCUGGCUGGCAGAGCACAUGCUGAUCCUGGGUAUAACUAACCCUGAGGGCGAGAAGAAGUACCUGGCGGCAGCGUUCCCCAGUGCCUGCGGGAAGACCAACCUGGCCAUGAUGACCCCCACCCUCCCUGGGUGGAAGGUCGAGUGCGUGGGGGACGACAUCGCCUGGAUGAAGUUUGACAACCAAGGUAAUUUAAGGGCCAUCAACCCAGAAAAUGGCUUUUUUGGUGUUGCUCCUGGAACUUCUGUGAAGACAAACCCCAAUGCCAUCAAGACCAUUCAGAAGAACACCAUCUUCACCAACGUGGCCGAGACCAGUGAUGGGAGCUUUUACUGGGAAGGCAUCGACGAGCCUCUGGCCGCAGGUGUCACCAUCACUUCCUGGAAGAACAAGGAAUGGCGACCAGAGGAUGGGGAACCGUGUGCUCACCCCAACUCGAGGUUCUGCACCCCUGCCAGCCAAUGCCCCAUCAUCGACCCUGCCUGGGAGUCUCCGGAAGGCGUGCCUAUCGAGGGCAUCAUCUUUGGAGGCCGCAGACCUGCAGGUGUCCCUCUGGUCUACGAAGCUCUCAGCUGGCAGCAUGGGGUGUUUGUCGGGGCGGCCAUGAGAUCAGAGGCCACAGCCGCUGCAGAACACAAAGGCAAAGUCAUCAUGCAUGACCCCUUCGCCAUGCGUCCCUUCUUCGGCUACAACUUUGGCAAAUACCUGGCCCACUGGCUGAGCAUGGCCCAGCACCCGGCAGCCAAGCUGCCCAAGAUCUUCCAUGUCAACUGGUUCCGGAAGGACAAGGAAGGCAAAUUCCUCUGGCCAGGCUAUGGCGAGAACUCCAGGGUGCUGGAGUGGAUGUUCAACCGUAUCAAUGGGAAAGACGUGGCCAAGCUCACGCCCAUAGGCUACAUCCCCACCGAGGACGCCCUGAAUCUGAAAGGCCUGGGAAAAGUCAACAUGAAGGAGCUCUUCAGCAUCUCCAAGGAGUUCUGGGAGGAGGAGGUGGAAGACAUCGAGAAGUACCUGGAGGACCAGGUCAACGCCGACCUCCCCUACGAAAUCGAGAGAGAGGUCCUCGCCCUGAAGCAACGAAUAAGCCAGAUGUAACCUGAGCCCCAGAGCCUUCGGAAUGAUCUUCUUUCCAAUCCAUAAGUGAUGCUAGGAACAAUGAAAAGCAGGGACAAGUUUCCCCAAAUCUACACCACCGGCAGCACAGUAAUCACCACCCCAAUGAGCAGAUUUGAGUGGCACGCUGAUCUUUUUUAAAACCACAGAGUACAGGCUAGUAGCUAAUGGGAUUGGGAAGGGAAAUCUUAGCAUGUCUCCAAAAUUCAUAUCUGGUGGAUAUUUUGUUCAACUUUUAAGUCACUCAGGCAUCUGGUCUUUUUAGGGUUUUUUUUCACGUUAGCUAUACAAUUAGCUAGAAUGCACAGAAAGAGAUACUUGAGCUAUGUAUACGUGUGUGUGUGUGUGUGUGUUCAUCACAUUUGUACGGGUGUGUCUAUACGUACUGUUACUUGAAGUAUAUUUAAUACCUUUGGAAAAAAAUCUCAGGCAAGAUUACCUACUUGUUGCUAAAAAGAAAUGUUGCUUUGUUAUUAAAGUGUGUGUUUAAAUUAUUUUUAUAUACCAUUGUUUCUUACCUUUACGUAAUUGCAAUUUUUCCCUCUUUCCACUUCUUGGAAAAUAAUUACAGAAUAAACUU